CAGGUUGAGGCUAAGAAGGAGCAUGAGGGAGCCGUCCAUCUGUUAGAGAACCACUUGGACAGCAUGCAGUUGAGGAGCAUUCCCCGCGCUUUGAACACAGUGCAGUUUUUGGCCAAAGUCCGAGAGCUGGAGGAGAAAUGUCGGACACAAAGUGAGCAGUUCAACCUCCUGUCCAAAGAGCUGGAGAAGUUCCGGCUACAGACUGGAAAGUUUGAUACCCUUGGCAGUGGCACCGAUCCCUUAACUGUGUGUGAAUCCCCUGGAUCGCCAAACAAAUCCCUUUCCCAGCUCUUCAACGGGCUGGCCGCCCCCACAGGGAAAGGCAAUGAGAGUCCGCUGAGCAGAUCUGUGAUCUCUGAGUUCAUCCGACCGCUCCAGAUCUGUGGGGACAAGCCGGAGCUCGUGUCUGUAAAGCCAACAUUCCUCACCCGCAGCAGCAGCCAGGCCGACAGCUCUCAGACGGGCAUCCUCACUGAGAUGGACAAAGAACUAAGCUCAACGACUAGGACCAAGAAGAGGUUCACAGGCAAGGUCCGUCUGUGCAUCGCCCGGUACAGUUAUAACCCCUGUAAUGGGCCCAAUGAGCAUCCUGAGGCAGAGCUCCCCCUGGUGGCAGGGAAGUACCUCUACGUGUAUGGGACCAUGGAUGAUGACGGCUUCUAUGAAGGAGAGCUGCUGGAUGGACAGCAGGGACUUGUCCCUUCCAACUUUGUGGACUUUGUUAAGGAUGAGAAGAUGCCCUCUGCUCAGCACAGGGACGGGGCCAAAGAGUCAGGCUACCUCAGUAGUAACCACAGCAGCCUGGGCUCCACAGGGCUGGGCAGCAUGGGCCUGAGCAGCAUCAGCAGCCUGCUGUCUGACAGUAAACUGGACCUGGGCCCUAGCCUAGAUAGAAACCUGGAGAGAAACCUUGAGAGAAACCUGGGGAGCAACCUCAGUUCCACUCUGGGUUCCACUCACGGUUCCACUCUGGGCAGCCACAUGGGUUCCACUCUGGGUUCCACUCACGGUUCCACUCUGGGCAGCCACAUGGGUUCCACUCUGYGUUCCACUCACGGUUCCAGUCACGGUUCCACUGGCCUGGGUUCCAGUCUGAGCAGCACUCUGACUAGCCUGGGCAGCAGCAGCCUGGGCAUGGACUUUCUGGGCUCCAUGGGUUCCUGCAGUAACGGGACGGGGACCCUGGAUGUCAGCAUUGACGAGAUUGGUGAAAACAUCGUGCCUUACCCUCGCCGCAUCAAUCUGAUCAAACAGCUGGCCAAGAGUGUGAUCGUGUGCUGGGACCCUCCGGUGGUGCCGCCCGGCUGGGGCUCCAUCAGUGGCUACAACGUCCUGGUGGACAAGGAGGUGAGGAUGAGCGUGCCCUUUGGGGGCAAGACAAAGUCCCUUAUCGAGAAACUUAACCUGGCCACCAAUACCUACCGCAUCUCGGUGCAGAGCAUCACAGAGCGGGGCCCGUCUGACGAGCUGCGCUGCACUCUACUGGUGGGGAAGGAUGUGGUGGUGGCUCCUUACUAUCUGAGGGUAGACAACAUCACACAGGUCUCUGCUGAGCUCUCCUGGCAGCCUAGCAACAGCAACUACAGCCACACUAUCUUCCUGAACGAUGUUGAGUAUGACAUGGUGAAGGCAGGGGCCUACAAGUACCAGUUCUUCCAACUGAAGCCCAUGACCGUUUACAAGGUGAAGGCCGUGGCGCGGACACACCAGAUACCUUGGCAGAUGCCCAUGGAGCACAGGGACAAGAGGGAGAUCUCUGUGGAGUUCUGCACCCAGCCUGCAGGUCCUCCCUUUCCUCCCCAGGAGGUGCAGGUCCAGUUGGGCCAGAACCCCGGGGUUCUGCAGGUGCGAUGGAAACCCCCCAUCCUCACCCCCACUGGAACCUCCAACGGAGCCAACGUGAUUGGCUAUGCCGUGUGCACAAAGGGACAAAAGAUAGCGGAGGUGAUGUACCCAACAGCUGACUAUGUGACAGUGGAGCUGAAUAGGAUCCAGUGUCUGGAGGCCAGGGAGAUCAUUGUCAGGACGUUAUCAGCACAAGGAGAGUCUCAGGAUUCCACCGUGGCCACCAUACCGCACAAUAUCCUGGGGCCUCCCCAUCACUCACCCCACCACCGCUCCCCUCCACACCCCCAUCCUAUGCCUCAACCCCAGCACCAUCAGCCACACACACAAACACACCCGCCAUACCCCCAGACCUACCCCCCAUCUCACCCCCAACCUCAGGUCCACCCUCUGCCUCGAUCCCAGCCCCACACCCUGCCUCAUGGUCAGCCUCUGCGCCACCCACUCCCUCACCCCCAGCCCCAACACCAGCCCUACCCCGUGUCUAAGCCCAAUUUAGUAAGUGCCAGAGAGUCAGAAACCAAAGAGUAUGAGGCGGGCCUGCGGCCUGGCCCGCCCUGGGAACGCUCCCCUUCGCCCCUCCCUCCUACCAUGCGUGGACACACURUGGAGCCGCCCCACUUCCAGGGGCGUCGUUCACCCUCUCCUCAGAGGAUCCUGCCCCAGCCUCAGGGAGCCCCCAUCCCCAACACCAUCGCCAAGGCCAUGGCCAGGGAAGCUGCACAGAGAGUGUUCGCUGAGAACAACCGGAUGGAGAAGAGGAACAUCUUCAGUGAGCGGAGCGUGAACUCUGAUGAGGAGGAGGAUGGUUAUGUCUCUCCCCACACCAGGAGGAGAGGGGCCUCUGUGGACGAAUUCCUCAGAGGCUCUGAACUGGGAAGACAUCACCACUACAGCCACAGUGAGGAGUACCAGACAGAGAGCAGCCGCGGCUCAGACCUGUCUGACAUCAUGGAGGAGGACGAGGASGACCUGUACUCUGAGAUGCAGCUGGAGGAGGGCCGUCGACGCAGCAUCAACUCUCACAACACUCUCAAGAUUAUAGGGAACUCCCCUUCCCAUGGAUGCUCCCAUGGCGACCGGCUGGACCAUUCAGGGAGGAGGCCUGUCCAUGGCGGCAACCCCCCACAGCGACGACCCAUGAUGGUUCCUUCCAUUGAUGAGUACGGUGGGCAAGACCGCGGGCAUGGCCGAGGGCGACGGUCGCCAGUGUACUAUGAGGAGUCGGAGCCAGAGGACCUGGCGCGUAUAUUUGUGGCCCUCUUUGACUACGACCCCCUGUCCAUGUCCCCCAACCCUGAUGCUGCUGACGAGGAGCUGCCCUUCAAAGAGGGCCAGAUCAUCAAGGUGUUUGGGGAUAAGGACACGGAUGGGUUCUACAGGGCAGAGAUCCGUGACCGCCCGGGUCUGAUCCCCUGUAACAUGGUGUCAGAGAUCCAGACUGAGGAUGAUGGGAUGAUGGACCAGCUACUCAAACAGGGCUUCCUCCCACUCAACACUCCUGUAGAGAAAUUAGAGAGGAACAGGCGGAGUGGGCGUCAGCACCCCUCGUCCACACGUAGAAUGGUGGCACUGUAUGACUACGACCCCAGGGAGAGCUCCCCCAACGUGGAUGUGGAGGCUGAACUGACAUUCUGUGCUGGUGACGUCAUAACAGUGUUUGGUGAAAUUGAUGAAGAUGGGUUUCAUUAUGGCGAGCUCAAUGGACACAAAGGUCUUGUUCCCUCCAACUUUCUAGAAGAAGUGCCUGAUGAUGUUGAGGUUUUUCUCACUGACACUCAGUCUCGAGAUUCUCGAUACCCGCAGGAUGCUGCAGCACGGAUAAAGACCAAAAGGGUUAAAUUGGUUCCAACAACCUUGAUGAAGUUACCUUGAUGAAAAGUGAUUAAUUGCUUCAAAAACUGGUAAAUUGAAACGCUUAUCCCCUCUCGACGUAUGAUAAAUUAUGAACAUUCAAUGUGCAGAAUAAUGACCCUCUUAUUGAUCUGGACGUGUCUAUAUGUAGCUAUAUACUAUAUCUACUGUAGAGACUAGUGCUAGAGACUAUAGUAUAUCUACUGUAGAGACUAGUGCCAGAGACU